AUGUUUUAAUAAUCUUAAUUUAGUGAAUAAAAAAACCAAUCAGGAUUCAAGUUAGGAAUUAAUUACAAUGAAUAAAUUGCAAAUAUGACCAUCAAGAUGAUGAAAUAACUAAAAAUAUCAACUUUUGAUAAAAAUGAAAUCCUUUAUUAUGAUAAACCUAUAACAUUAAUUUAAUUGGUAGCUAGAAGUGAUAGUUCAAAUGAAAGCGAUGGCAAAGGUUAUAUAAACAUUAAUGAUGACAGUGGGUAACUAAAACUUAUUCUUUUAUUUUGUGAAGGUGUGUAAAUCAGAGAAAUGUAUAAUAUUGUUUAGUAAGAUGAACCAAAAAUAAUAUAUUUUUAAUUUUUACUAAGAGCAAGAAUCAACAAAGAUGCAAUUUGUUUUGAUGUUAUGAAUAUAAAAAAACUAAAUCAAGUUGGUUAUUAAAUAUCACAUAUGCUAAAUAUCAUUUAAUAAUAAAUUAAAACCAAUCAAAAAAGAGAACCAAAUUUGGAAUAAACAAAUACAUUAAUUGAUGAAGAAGUAUAAUAGAAGUAAUCAGAAUAAAAUUUAUCAAGGAAAGUAAUUUUUAAUUUAAAUUAGAUAUUAAACUUUAUUAAAGCUUAAACACAUUAGUUAGGAUCUAUUAGUAUCACUUAAUAAAGUAUCUUUAAUGCAUUUUCAGAAACUUUUAAUUUGUAAGAAAUUAAGUAUUAAAAUCUUUAUUAUAAAGAUAAUCAAUUAAGUUAUUAUUAGAUGACGGGAAUAUCUCAUCAGGAUAGGGAAUAAAUACUUAUAUGUUAGUUGAUUGAA